AUGAAGCCCGUGCUCAUGAGGAAGGGACUCACAAUGCGGCCGGCGGAGGAGGGAGAUGCGGUGAUGGGUACCUACCGUACGGCACUUGGCGACCUCAUGGAUGCGCUACCAGGCAGCAUGGUGGCUGCCAACCUCGUGGCCCACACCGCGGUGGCGAUUCCGCGCACCAAAGGCAGAGCACUGGUCCCCAAGGGGGCGUUCAUCAAGGCAAGCCCCAAGGAGAAGUGGUUCACUGACUUUGCAGUGAAGUCAAGCAAGAAGGAGGAGUGCGUUGCAGCAUACUUGUUUGAAGAAAUGGCGUCCCUGGUAUCCCUCCUUGAGGCACUGAAUGCACCGCCCGAAAAGGUGUUCACUUUCACGGAGUUUCCGUUAAUCCCCACACGGGUGCCGUUAGGCACGUCUGUGGACGAGUGUGAGCAGCUGUCGCGGGAAUGGCACAUGCCCGUAUGCUUUGUGUACAACGCGACAGGAUGUGUCCGCAAACCGCCGAUCGUUGUUCUACGACGGGAAGACAAGAGGCCAGUACAUGAGGGGCGCAAGAAGAAUCAUGACGUGAAAGUGCGCUACGCCAAGAAUGGGCGCUUUUCUAGCGAGGUGAGCGGGUUCAAAGCUGGGGUUUUCACGAGCACGGAGUGGACCCGUGCGGGCAUUUUUCCACGGCCGCCGCUGCACGAAGUCCUGUACAAGCUGUUCAUGGCGUGCAAGUUGACGAUGCCGGGGACAAUCCAGAGGAGUUGGUGGCGGGCCGGUAGCGUGCCGAAGGGCUGGCUGUCGCGGAUGGACAGCUUGAAAGGGAAAGCUGCGGCAGGGAUGUUUGACGGUCUGGUGCUGCAUUUGACGAGUCUGCAGCUGGUGAUUGAAGAGUUCAAAGGCAAGUGCAGCAGCACGGCGUUUAUGACGGCGUGGGAUUUCGUGGGGUGUGACGAAGGCCUUAUUGAGAAGUGGGCGCCAGCGAGGGGUUUGGAGGACGAGUCCGAGGAUGAGAUUCCGGCAUAUUUUUGCAUUCCGGAGGGGCCGCUAAUGCGAGACAGCCGUAGCUGUCGCCGCGUGAGCCGCAUGGUCCAUGAUGGUUUCGUGAAGCAGGCGGAGGCAUUGGGUAUUCCACCGCGCGACGUGCCAGAGGAGGCCGGAGUGGUGAAUGAGGAGGUGGUGAGCCGCCUUCGACGCACGCCCACUAAGCGCAACCGGACGUGCCGCUCUAGUGAUGAGGGGAUCACGUCUGACGCGUCGGAUGAGGCAGGCCAAUCCCGGAAGGCGGGGGUGUUGUUCCCAGUGGAGGAUGACAAAGAGAGCGUCGUACGCUUGGUCUAG